UGUCAAGUGGCUACAUUUUUGCAAAACAAAUCGUUCCAGUUUUUUGGGAAUUGGCUAAAAUCUCGUUUGAUUGAUCAAAAAAGUGUCCAUCGGGCGUUUGCAAGUCGAAAUUGUGUUUUUUGGGCGCCAUCUGUGCGGCAUGAUGUAAGGAGGCCCCUAGCCGAUAAGCCCACAGUCUCCCAUGCCGGCAACGUCAAACGUAAAUAUGGUAGCGUCAAGUGCUUCGCAAUUUUUCCUCCUCACCUCGCGAACUCUGAGUGAAAAUGUCUAAACAGGUCAAGCGCAAAAUAACCGUGAACCUAACUCCGAAAAGCAAAGAAGUCUCGAAGCCUCGCCCCAGCGUGUUCGAGCGUCUGGGCACCAAAGCCAGCACCAGCCAGGACUUUUGCCACCACUGGGCCCAGAGCGGCACCUGCCCCUACGGAAAAGGCUGCAAGUACUCCUCCACCCACACCCUGAUCAGCCCCUCGAAACGGGCGGCCAAGACCCAGCGCAAGGACAAUGCAAAUAAACGGGUCCAUCCCGGAAACCCAGACGAGGAUUGGGACCACUGGGACCCGGAGGAACUAGCCGACGCCGACCCUGAUGAUCUAGAAAAGCGCCGGCAAGAACUGCAAAGAGAACUCGAACUACAAAUGAAAAUGGAGAACAAAGCCCGGAAAAAGGACAAGAAAACCAAGAAGGAGAGCAGCCCCUCGACCGAAAGCUCGUCAUCAUCCUCGGACUCGUCCUCCUCAAGUGACGACUCCACCUCCAGCAGCUCCUCGUCCAUAGAAACGCGUCGGAAGAAGAGUAAAAAAACCAAAACCAAACGCGACUCCUCCUCAUCCUCAUCGGAGCGCCCCCCGAAAAAGAAACCAAAAACGAAACGAACAUCCUCAAAAUCGUCACAACGCACCGACAAAACUAAAAAAACAACUAAAACAGCCCCAAAAGCCAAGUCUCCAACACCGCAACGCAGUCGGAAACAGUCGCAAACACCGCCCCCCAAAAUCAAGCCGGGGCUCCCCCCAGCAAAGUCCCCAAGGCCCACGAGUCGGUCAAGCGACCGUAAGGAGAAACACCACACGCCCUCUCCCAAACCUAAAGAAAAGGAGAAGGAGAAAGAAAAAGAGAAAGAACGGGAAAAGGAGAAGGAACGGGAGAGGGAAAAGGAAAGAGAGCGGGAGCGGGAGAAGGAACGCGAACGCGAAAAGGAGAAGGAAAGGAACAAGAAAGAUAGGGAGAAGGAUGACCAUAAAAAGAAAGAGUCAAGGUCGCCGAAACGGGACAGCAGGUCGACGAAAGACACUAAGAAGAGGGAUACUCCAGAUUCGUCGCAUUCAAGGGAUAAGAAGGGCUCACCAAGUCGGUCUAAAGGUAGCACGGGGAGCAGUCGAAGGGAUCACAAGGGGACGCCGCCCAAGGAGGAGAGAAGUCGGGAUAAAAAGGACGAUAAGGAUAGACCUCGCGCCAAGGACCGUCCGAGCGACGACAAAUCGCGCAAAGACAAGCGAGAUUCGCGCGAUCGUGAACGUGAACGUGAGCGUGAACGUCGUCUUGCGCGUGAAGAACGUGAAGCAGCGCGUGAAAAAGAACGCGAAGAAGCACUGGCCCGUUGCCAGGAGCGUCAGCGUGAACGUGAACGUCUCAAGGAGCUCGCAAAGAAAGAGGAAGAAAGGAGAGGACGUGAACGAAGUCGACGUGAAGAUCGAGGACUUGAUAAACCUUCAAGUGAUAGAGUCGAACGCUUAUUACCAUUGCCUGAAGAUCGAGUGCCUCCGAGUCGUAAACAUUCGAGCGAUCGUCGGGAAAGAGACCGAAGGGAACGCACCCCUGAACGAAGAAAAUCGGUUGAGCGCAGGGAUGAAAAAGAUCGAGGGUAUGAGCGGAGUUACGAACGUUCGAGUGAUCGUAACUAUGAUAGGGAGUCACGGGAUCGGGACCGGGAUUAUGGGGCGAUCCCAGCGAGGUUACGCGACAGUGAGAGAAGGAUUGAGGAUAAGGACUAUGAUAGUCCGUAUGAUAGAGCGAGACAUGAUGAUCGCAGGUAUCUCGAUAUUGAUUAUAAUGAGAAUUCGAGAGAGGAGAGAUUGCCGGAAUAUCCCGAAGACCGACGGUCUAGGCGGGAUUUGUGGGAUGGAGGACGGGAUGAAAGGGAUUUAGAUUUGGAACAUCGGAGAUAUGCGAGAGAGGAUUCAAGGCCGCCAGGUUCUCUCAAAGGAAGGGAUUGGGAAACGGAUUAUCCGGAUCAUGAUUGGGAUCGGGCGAGGCGUCCAAUAGAUUGGGAAGGAAGGGAAAAUUGGGAUGCUGCCGACCAUAAACAUUUGACUGAGGAAGAUUGGAGACUGUAUAAUUGGGCAGGAGAGGAUCGAAGACGAUGGCCGGCUGAGUGGAGGGAGAGGUCGAGGCCAAGAAGCUCAACCUCUCACAGGGAUGAUGAGACAAUGUCAGAAAGCCGGAGGAAAGAGCCCCCACCCCGCCAAGACCCUCGUUCGGACCGUUCCGACUCGAAAACCUCAUCAAUGCCCGAAGUUGAACUCAAAAAGGAACCAGCAACCAAACGCCCCGCUGAUGAACCCCCAGAACCCACCCAAGAACCGAAAAAACCAUCAAUUGAACCGGUUCUUGAAGACGAUCUUAGUGAAAUCAGCGACGACGCUGACGAUAUCCUCAACCGAGACGAAGAAAUCACAGAAGCAACACCCGAAGAAACGCCAGUUGAACAAACCGAAACUUCAUCAGUCAAAGAGCAACAAAACUCAGCCGCGUCGCAGAAAUCCCACUCUCCGAGUCGUUCCCCGAACCGAAUCCCCAAAGACGAAUCAAUCGACGAAGAGAACAUGGACUUGGACUUUGAGGAGAUUUCGGAAGACGAGCUGGAGGAGGAGUUGCGGGUUAAGGGCAUCGGUGAUGCUUUAGGGGUGGACUGGGCGAGUUUGGUGGCGGAGUCCAGGCCAAGAGUUAAGCCGAUGAGUUCGGCGAAAAGACGUUGGGAGAGCCAUAACGUGUUGGUUAAUCUAGGAAUUUCGGUCGAUUUGGCUGGCGAAGACUUGGUCAGAGAUGUGCUAAAAGAGCACACCAAGGCUGAAAGUGAAACACCAACAACAAGUGUGAACGGAGUUGGGGAAACCCCCGAAAUAGUCAUCUCGCAUCCCAUUGGAGCGAUACAAGUGGCCAAUCGAGAGAAGCAAGCCGUGAGGAAGGCGCUGUUCUCGAGUGUUGGACCGAAUUGUCGAGCUCUGUCGGCACGACGUGACCUCAUGAUACGCAGACAUUUGUGUAAUUUACCCUUGAAGGAUGCGUUCGUGGAAGCGCCGAAACGGCACGACCCCGAAUUAUUAAAACUCGCAGUGCAGUUGUUUGAACGGUGUUUAUAGCGUUAGUGUUUGUUUAUAAACGUACAGCGGAAGCUUUCAAUUGAUUGGCGAAUAAGUGAGACAGGUCGGUCCCCACUUCGAUUUCUUGCGGAGGCUUCCCUCUGAAAAUUUAAUUAAGUGUGGGGGGAAUUACCCGAGUGAAAUAUACUUAAUAAAGAG